UAUGUCCCUGUGGCAUUGUCGGUGGUGAUAUAUCUGUGGUUCUCGUUUAUCAACACAAAAAAGUGACAAGUAUCAGUGGAAAAAAAAAUUAAUAACUAACCAAACAAUUUUCACCGGUUUCGAUUGUACACACACAAUAUUUCGUUUUAUUAUUCAAAACCACGGUCUUUCCAACUUAUUUUUUGAGAUUUGAAGAUUGUGAAGUACAUAUAAUAUUUAAAUUUUUUCAUCAAUUGAAUAUUUCAUAUGCCUAUUAGUUGAGAAUUUGUAAAAUGUUUGAAGCACAGGAAAUAAAUGCUGAACACAAGGAUUUGAUCCAUGAUGUUGCUUAUGAUUUUUAUGGUCAUCGUAUGGCAACAUGUUCAAGUGACCAGUAUGUGAAAGUUUGGGAUCAAACUCCUGAUGGCAAAUGGGUACUCACAUCUAGUUGGAAAGCUCACAGUGGUUCAGUUUGGAAAGUAACAUGGGCGCACCCUGAAUUUGGUCAGGUUUUGGCGACUUGUUCAUUCGACAGGACAGCUGCAGUUUGGGAGGAAAUAAUUGGGGAAACUAGUGGACCUGGCGAUAGAGGAACUAGACAUUGGAUACGAAGAACAAAUUUAGUAGAUUCCAGAACUUCUGUCACAGAUGUGAAAUUCGGUCCAAAAUCUCAAGGACUUCAAUUAGCUACCUCCUCAGCUGAAGGCAUAAUUAGAAUAUAUGAAGCUCCUGAUGUGAUGAACUUAACUCAAUGGACACUUCAGCAUGAAGUUCCAUGUAAAUUACCUUGUAGUUCCCUGAGUUGGAAUUCUACUUUAUCUAAAAAUCAUCCUCAAAUGUUAGCUGUAGGAAGUGAUGAUCCGAAUCCAGCAAAUGGUGGCAAAGUAUUCAUAUAUGAGUAUAGUGAAAAUAGCAGAAGGUGGAUCAAAUUGGAAACAAUACAAGCAGUAACAGAUGCUGUACAUGAUCUAGCAUUUUCGCCUAACCUGGGGAGAAGCUUCCAUGUUUUAGCUGUAGCUACAAAAGAUGUUAGAAUUUAUAAUCUAAUACCUGAUACUUCUGAUGCAAGUGGAGUUACCAAACUUGACGUGCAAGCAGUUGCUCAGUUUGAUAGCCACGGAUGCACUGUGUGGAGAGUUUGCUGGAAUAUUACUGGAACAGUUCUUGCUUCAAGUGGAGACGAUGGGACAGUAAGGAUGUUCAAAAUGAACUAUGCCAAUUCAUGGAAACCAGUAGCUGUUUUGAAAGGAGAUGGUUCUCAAGUCCCAACUGACACUAUUAAGAAUGUUCAGUCAUCAAGUUCAUCUGCACUUUCCUCUAUUUCUCAAACUGCGAGGUACAUAAAACUAGGAAGUAUAACAAAUCCCAGAGAUGUUGCAUGGCAUUGAAACUGGAAGCAUUUUUGGAAAUCUCUUCUGCCGCAGUUCCUCUUCAUAAUGACUAUACUCAAAUAACUGAAUACAUAUAUUAUUUUUUAUAUCAAACAUCCGUACUACCAUAAUACAGUUUCUAAUUUUAAUUCGUAAUCAUCACAUACAUUGAUUUGUCUGCCGGUUUUAAUUUGAUGAAAUAUUUAUUCUUGGUAUCAGUAAUAAAGAGAAAUUCUGCCUA